GUCUGUUUCACACUGGCAGCAGAUCAGAACAAGGUAGGAGGAUGAGGAGAACUCUUCUUCUGCUGUUGGCCUCUCUGGUCUUUGCCUCCCUGGCUCCUUUGGCUGAUGGAGCCAACCUCAAAGUGAUGUCUGCUCCCAAUCUGAUGCGAGUAGGAACAGCAGAAAACAUCUUUGUGGAAUGUCAGGAUUGCCCUCCUGCAGGGAACAUUCCCGUCAAAAUUACUGUGAUGAACCAUCCUACUAAAAACAAGAAGCUGGCUGAGAAGGAUGUGUUACUCAACAAUGAGAACAACUUUCAGGGGUUUGGAAAAGUGACUAUUCCAGCGGGAGACUUUGAUAAGAACCCCAGCGCAAAACAGUAUGUUUAUGUGCAAGCUCAAUUUCCAGACCGAUUGCUGGAAAAAGUUGUUUUGGUUUCCUUCCAGUCUGGCUACAUCUUCAUACAGACUGACAAGACCCUGUAUACUCCCAACAGCAGAGUAUAUUACAGGAUGUUUGGUUUGACCCCCGAAAUGCAGCCCGUGGAAAGGAACAAUGAGAACCAAGUUGAUGCUUCUAUUGACAUUGAGAUUGUGACUCCUGAGGACAUCAUCAUACCUGUUGAUUCAGUUGCUCUUAAUGCUGGUAUUUUCUCUGGAGAUUACAAACUUGGUGAAAUUGUUAGCCCUGGACUAUGGAAGGUGGUGGCAAAGUUCAAAAGCAACCCACAGCAGAGCUACUAUGCAGAAUUUGAGGUCAAAGAAUAUGUGCUUCCCAGCUUCGAGGUCAAACUGCUUCCUGUUGUCCCUUUCUUCUAUGUCGACAGCGACAAACUUACCAUAAACAUCAAAGCUACAUAUCUGUUUGGAAAGGAAGUUUAUGGCACUGCCUAUGUGGUCUUUGGUAUAAUGGAAGAAAAAGAUAAGAAAAGCCUCCCAAACUCUCUUACACGGGUUCCGGUUACGAAUGGAGAAGGACAGGUCACACUGAAAAGGGAACAGAUAACUCAGACCUUCCCAGAGAUCCUUAAUCUUGUUGGAAAGUCCAUCUUUGUGUCUGUUAGUGUCUUGACAGAGAGCGGCAGUGAAAUGGUGGAGGCGGAGUUGAGAGGCAUCAAGAUUGUCACAUCACCCUACAAAAUUACUUUUACAAGAACUCCCAAAUUUUUCAAACCAGGAAUGUCCUUUGAUAUUGCGGUUGAAGUGGUUAAUCCUGACGAAAGUCCAGCAGAAGGUAUCCCAGUGGUGGUUACUCCGGGAAAUGUUCGGGGAUUCACAGCAGCCAAUGGGAUGGCAAGGCUGACUAUUAAUACAGCAGCAACGGAUUCUAAGCUGACAAUCAUUGCAAAAACAAGUAAACCUGAUCUUACGCCAGAGAGACAAGCAUCUGCUGAGAUGCAGGCUUCACCAUAUUUAAACAAGAACAAGAGGUACAUCCAUAUAGGAAUUGACACAGCUGAAGUGAAAGUAGGAGAUAACCUGAAAAUCAACCUCAACCUCAAUAACCCACCACAAGCAAAGGAUAUAACAUAUCUGAUCUCAAGCAGAGGCCAGUUGCUAAAAUCUGAGCGGUACAAAACAAGAGGCCAGGCACUGAUUUCCCUAAUUCUUCCCAUCACUAAAGACAUGUUGCCCUCAUUCCGCAUCAUUGCCUACUAUCACCCAGAAGAUAAUGAAGUGGUGUCUGACUCUGUUUGGGUGGACGUGAAAGACUCCUGCAUGGGAUUGUUAACCUUGGAAUCAGCAAGACCUGUUCCAUCCUAUGAACCUCGCAGGAUGUUUAGUCUGAAAGUCACAGGAGAUCCAGGGGCCACAGUUGGACUCGUGGCAGUUGACAAAGGCGUCUACGUCCUAAACAACAAGCACCGUCUCACCCAGAAAAAAGUUUGGGACGUCGUAGAGCAACAUGACACAGGCUGCACACCAGGUGGUGGGAAAGACAGCAUGAAUGUGUUCUAUGAUGCUGGGCUGGUGUUUGAGUCAAGCACUGCUUCAGGAACUCCCUACAGACAAGACUUAAAAUGCAAAGCGAACGCCAAGCGGAAAAGAGCCACAACUAUCAUGGAUGUGAGAACGACCCUAUUGAGUCAGUAUAAUAAUGAACUGCAGAGAGACUGUUGUUUGGACGGUAUGAAGGAAGUUCCACUUUCGUAUACCUGCGAGCAGCGUACAGAGUACAUAGUGGAUGGUGACGCCUGUGCUGAGGCCUUCCUGCAGUGUUGUACUGCGAUGCAAACACAGCUGUCUGAGAAGAAAGAAGAAAACCUGCAAUUAGCUCGCAGUGAAUCCGAUGACAGCUACUUGGACAGCAAUGAAAUUGUAUCUCGAACCAAGUUCCCUGAAAGUUGGCUGUGGACCGACAUCCAGCUUCCUGCUUGUCCUGCUGGUAACUGUGAGGCCACAUCUUUAGUGAGGAAUGUUCCUCUGCAAGAUUCCAUCACAACCUGGCAAUUCACUGGCAUCAGUUUGUCAAGGACACUUGGAAUCUGUGUAAGCGAGCCGUUGGAGGUAAUUGUGCGUAAAGAAUUUUUCAUUGACCUCCGGCUUCCGUAUUCAGCUGUCCGAGGGGAGCAGCUUGAAAUUAAAGCAAUCCUUCACAACUACAGCCCAGAGCCUAUCACUGCUCGUGUGGAACUGAUUGAGGAAGAGAAUGUGUGCAGUGUUGCCUCCAAGAGAGGGAAAUAUCAACAGUUUGUCAGAGUUGGCGCCCAUACCACACGUUCCGUACCAUUCGUCAUUAUUCCCAUGAAGGAAGGGGAACGCAGCAUUGAGGUUAAAGCAGCUGUUAGGGACUCAUCCCUGAAUGAUGGAGUUCAAAAGAUGCUGCGUGUUGUGCCUGAAGGCAUACUGAUUAAAUCUGCUCAAAUUGUAACUCUAGAUCCAGUUAAAAAAGGAGGUACACAAGAGGAAACCCUAAACAGUAAUAUUCCCCGGAAAGAUUUGGUACCAGAUGCACCCACUAGCACACAAGUUUCUGUGACUGGCAGAGAACAGGUUUCUGGACUUGUUGAGAAUGCCCUCAGUGGGAAAUCAAUGGGUACUCUGAUCCGCCAGCCCGGUGGCUGUGGAGAGCAGAACAUGAUUCACAUGACCCUACCAGUCAUUGCAACCACAUAUUUGGACAAAACCAAUCAAUGGGAAGCUGUUGGUUUUGACAAACGUAAUGAGGCUAUUCAACACAUUAAAACUGGAUACAAAAAUGAGCUAGCAUACCGUAAAAAUGAUGGCUCAUUUGCUGUGUGGGCUAGUCAUGGGAGUAGCUCCUGGCUGACUGCAUAUGUUGCCAAGGUGUUUGCUUUUGCUUACAACUUGAUAGCAGUGCAAAAUAGUGACAUCUGUGGUGCGGUUAAGUUUCUGAUCCUCAACGCUCAGCAGCCUGAUGGCAUGUUUAAGGAAAUUGGAAAAGUACAUCAUAGAGAGAUGCAGGGUGAUGUGCUCGGUGGAGAUUCAGAUGCCUCGUUCACGGCCUUCUGCCUAAUUGCCAUGCAGGAAACACGCACAAUAUGCGCCCCAAGUGUAAAUAGCCUUCCAUCCAGUAUUGAGAAAGGAGUCGCCUACCUCGAAAAACGUCUUCCUUUCCUCACAAACCCUUAUGCUGUUGCCAUUACAUCAUAUGCCCUGGCCAAUGAAGAGAAACUUAACCGAGAAAUUCUCUACAAGUUUGCUUCUCCUGAGUUAAACCACUGGCCUGUACCUGGAAAAAACACAUUUACACAAGAGGCGACUGCAUAUGCCCUUUUGGCUCUGGUCAGAGCUAGGAGGUUUGAAGAUGCGAGACCAAUCGUUAGAUGGUUUAAUGACCAGCAGUUUGUGGGUGGAGGCUAUGGAUCAACUCAGGCAACUAUUAUUGUGUACCAGGCUAUAUCAGAGUACUGGACUCAAGCUAAAGAACCAGACUAUAAUUUAAAUGUUGACAUCUUGUUGCCAGGAAGAUCAAAGCCUGACAAGUACAACUUAAACAAAAACAAUCACUUUGCUACAAGGACAUCUAGAAUCAAUGACAUAAACCAGGAUGUCAAAGUUAAAGCCACAGGAACAGGAGAAGCAACAGUGAAAAUGGUGUCACUUUAUUAUGCUAUCCCCAAAGAAAAGGAAAGUGACUGCCAGAAGUUUAAUCUCUCCGUGCAACUCAUCCCAGAAAAAAUAACUGAUGAUAGCAGGACAUACAUGCUUAGGAUAGAUGUUUUGUAUAAGGACAAGGAGAGUGAUGCAAAAAUGUCUAUCUUAGACAUUGGCCUGCUAACUGGAUUCACUGUUGAAACAAAGGACCUGGACUUGUUGUCUAAAGGACGCGCUCGCACCAUUGCAAGAUAUGAGAUGAAUACAGUUCUGUCAGAAAGAGGUUCUCUUAUCAUAUAUCUGGACAAGGUUUCCCACACACGACCAGAGGAGAUCAGUUUUAGGAUCCACCAAACAAUGAAAGUUGGUGUUUUACAACCAGCAGCCGUGUCUGUUUAUGAGUAUUAUGAACAAAUUCCUUGUGUGAAAUUUUACCAUCCUGAGAGGAAGGGUGGAAAACUGCUGCAGCUUUGCAGAGAUAAUGAAUGCACCUGUGCAGAAGAGAACUGCAGUAUGCAGAAAAAUGGUCACAUUAGCAAUGAUGAGCGCACAGCUAAGAUCUGCGAAAGUACAGAAACCAGCAAAAUAGAAUUUGCUUACAAGGCUAUGGUGGAAGGAAAUGACUUUGGGUUGUCUACAGACUCUUACACAAUGCGCAUAGUGGAAGUUAUUAAAGAAGGAAGUAUUGAUGUUGAUCCUGUUGGUAAACUGCGCACAUUCCUCAGUUAUCAGCACUGCAGAGAAGCUUUAAGGCUGGGAAAAGAUCAAAGUUACCUCAUCAUGGGAUCAUCCAAAGACAUUCACAGAGAUGACCAGAAGCAAACGUUUCAGUAUGUGCUUGGGGAGAGGACUUGGAUUGAGUACUGGCCCACAGAAGCAGAAUGCCAGAAGGCAGAACAUCGACCUACCUGCAUGGGCAUGGAGGAGAUGGUCGAUCAGUACACCACUUUUGCAUGUCAACAGUAAUUGCACCAUUGGAACCAACUGUCAUAUCAAAUUUUUUAUUUUUGCAAAGUGUGUAAAAGUUGGCAUGAAUUGAUUGUACGAGACAUAAUAAAGUGUG